AUGUUUUUAUUCACUAUAUCUUCACCACGAAACACCUUUCUUCUUUCUUUUUUUUUUCUUUCUUUGGCAUUGCCUCAUUUUCUUUCUGCUUAUCGUAUUCGAUUUUUUCGAUUACGGUCUUCUUGCCGACCUGGCUUUCUUUCUUUCUUUCUUUCUUUCUUUCUUUCUUUGAUGUCUUGCCUUAUUCCCUUCGUUUUUCCUUCAUUUUUCCUUCAUUUUAUUUACUAUCUUAAGUCUCUUUUUCAACCAUUUGCAAAAUCUGUCUUCUUGUCUAGUGACAUUUCUUUCUUUCUUUUUUCUUUCUUUCUUUCUUUCUUUCUUUUCUGUUUACUUGCUUGCUUGCCUCCUCUCGUCCGCUUUUCCUUCCUUUACUUUUCUCUUCUGUUGUUUCAUAUUCUUAUAUGCUUAACUUCUUCUAUAUCUAUAUAUUAUUUUUUCUCGCUUUUUCUUUCUUUCUUUCUUUCUUUUUUCUUUCUUGUUUACUUGAUUGCUGGCCUUCUCUUGUUUGCUUUUCUUUCAUUUCCUUUUCUUUUAGACUGUCGCAUUUUCUUAAAUUUAUCAGUCUUUUUAGAAAUCUGCCUUCAUCUCUAUAUAUUCUACUUUCUUUCUUUUUUCUUUCUUUCUUUCUAUUUACUUACUUGCUUACCACCUCUUGUUCGAUUUUCCUUUCCUUCCUUUUAUCCAUAA